GAAGCCAUUAAUUAUAUGUACCUUGGCUUGAUUCUCUUUUCUUACUCAUGAGUCUAGUUUUCCAAAAUCUAGCUCAUCGAUCGGUUACAGCUUCGAAUAGAUUGUUAUUGUUCCGGACGAGCCAACUUGUUAAGCAGCGUUGGUCAGAUCAUUCUGUUACAACUCCUAAACUAGGUAGUUUUGAAAGGCCGUCUUUUGCGAGAGGCAUCAUGACUUCAACCAACACCGACGGCAUGGAUAUCAAGUUUGGGCCAUUUGAGGUCACCAAGCAGGUCUUUCUCACAACUCCCCAUUCUUACGGCCUGGUCAACCUCAAGCCCCUCCUCCCGGGCCACAUCCUCAUCUGCCCCCUCAAGCCGCACCGCCGCCUCCUGGAUCUCUCUCCCGCCGAAACAACAGAUCUUUUCACCACCGUGCAGCUCGCGCAGAAGCUCCUCGCAAAGCUCUACUUCCCCAACCCCUCGGACCUCACAUCCGGCAGCUUCACUGUCGCGCUUCAGGACGGCAUUGACGCGGGACAGACGAUCCCGCACGUGCACGUCCACAUCAUCCCUCGCAUGAAGGGCGACAUGGGCGAGACUGCCGAUGAGAUCUACGUGAAGUUGUCCAGCGAGGAGGCGAAUGUAGGAGGGGCCUUCUGGGAUCGUGAACAUGGGAGGCCACAGCCGGCGGGGAGGAUGCCUAGCAUUGAGGACGCGGAGCGCAACAUGCGGACGAUGGAGCAGAUGGUGGAAGAGGCGGAGAAGUAUAAGGCUGUGCUGGGAGAAAUGGGUGUAGGCAGCGCUAAGGCAGGUGAGCGACUGUGAGGAGAUGUUUGACAAGGAGGUUUUGUGAAACUACAUGUUCCAUCUGCAUGGGCGGCAAAGCUAUAGUAGUAGUAUAGGUAGCUAUUCAGUGAAGCUGAUAGAGAGACAUGUUAAUAAACAGCGAUGAGUUGUGUCAGAUGUGU